AUCCCUCGUCAUUUCGCACUACAGAUGAGAAAAUCGAUUCUUUCCCUUCUAGAAGCUUCCUUUAAUCGCAGCAUAGAUCUUAAAGCCCUUCACGGCCACACCAUCACGUCGGGUCUCAUCCGAGACCCUUUCGUAGCAAGUCGACUCGUUGAGUUCUGCUUCAAAUCGGGCCGAGGUGAUCCACAAUACGCCCGAGUCAUCUUCCACUCGUUGGAUCUGCCAGAUGUUUACACAUGGAACGCCAUGAUUAUUGGACAUGCCGAGCGCGACUCGCCCAAGUCCGGUGUUUCUUACUAUUUCCAGAUGCUAGCGCGGCGGGUCCCACCGGAUAAUUACACGUUUGCACUUGUUGUGAAGGCUUGCAUGAUGGGUAGUUGUGAGGACAAUGAGUUAGGGAGGAAGAUCCAUGGCCAGAUCUUGAAACAGGGGAUGGAGGAUUUGGUUGUUGUGAGGAACUCACUCAUGAACAUGUACUGCAAAAUGGGUCAAUUAGAGGUUGCUUGUUUGUUGUUCGAUGAGAGCUUGAAUUUGGAUUUAGUUUCAUGGAAUUCAAUGAUUUCUGCCUAUGGUAAACAUGGUAAUGUUGAAGCUGCAAGAGAGCUGUUUGAUAAAAUGCCCCAAAGAACUUUGGUUUCUUGGAGUGCCAUGAUUGAUGGAUAUGUAAAAAGUGGUAGUUUUGUUGAGGCUUUGAGGCUUUUCAGUGAGAUGCAAGCUUUGGGUGUGAAACCUGAUGUGGUCACACUGGUUACUGUGUUGAAGGCUUGUGCUAACUUAGGUGCACUUGAUCAGGGGAGAUGGGUUCACCUUUAUAUUGAUAGGAACAAGCUAGGGUGGGAGAGGAAUGUUGUUCUUGGGACUGCUCUUGUUGACAUGUAUGCUAAGUGUGGGUGCAUAGAUGUUGCAUUUGAAUUGUUUGAUGGGAUCCAUAUCAAGGAUGCUAUACUGUGGAAUGCAAUGAUUGGUGGGCUUGCAAUGCAUGGGCAUGGAUGGGAAGCAUUGGAGAUUUUUUCGAGGAUGCGGAGGCAUGGAAUGAUGCUGAAUGAGACGACAUUCUUGACUGUAAUUUCUGCUUGUGCCCAUUCAGGGAUGGCUGCUGAGGGAGUUGAGAUAUUUGAAUCCAUGAAGAGGGAAUAUGGCAUUGAGCCAAAGGUUGAGCACUAUGGGUGUUUGGCAGACCUCCUGGGCCGAGCUGGUCUAGUGCAUGAAGCCGAGGAGGUAUUAUGCAAUAUGCCUAUGGAACCUCUUGCUUCCCAGUGGGGUGCACUCAUGGCUGCUUGUAGGACACACAACAAUGUCGAGGUGGGAGAGCGUGUAGGAAAGCGUCUGAUAUUGAUGGAACCACUUGAUGGUGGCCGGUAUGUUCUAUUGUCAAACAUCUAUGCAGCUGCUGGCCGAUGGGAAGAUGCUAGGAAGACAAGGAGAGCAAUGGAAGAUAUAGGGGCGAAGAAAGAAACAGGAUGUAGUUUCAUAGAAUUGGAUGGGAACAUUCAUGAAUUCAUUGUUGGAGACACUAAUCAUCCUCAAAGUAGAGAGAUCUAUGGAAUGUUAGGUGAACUGAAAAGGGAGCUGAAGAUGGUUGGGACUGAAUAAUUUGCAUCUCAGGGCAUUGAUUGGGAAUGGAACAGUCCUUGAGAUUGUUCAUAAUCCCGGUCUAAUCUUCAAAAGAUCUGUUAGAGGGAGUAAUUUCUUCAAGGAAUUCAAGUUUUCUGCAUUAAAUACUCUCUGUACCUGUUGCAGUUCUGAAGAUGGUUUG